GCAGAGGGCGCCGGGCACUGGGCUCCGCGGAGCGAGCGAACUAGCAAGCGGUCAGCGCCGAGCCAGAGCGGGUGACGCCGGCAUGGCCCCCGCAGCGACGUCGGGUGGCAGCAGCCUGCCCAGCGGCUUCUCCGUCUUCAUCACUUUCCCCGAUUUGCUCUUCAUCUUUGAGUUUGUCUUCGGGGGUCUGGUCUGGAUCCUCAUCGCUUCUUCCCUGGUGCCCAUCCCCCUGGUGCAGGGUUGGGUGAUGUUUGUGUCUGUGUUCUGCUUCGUGGCCACUACCUCCCUGCUCGUCCUGUACAUCAUGGGCGCCCACGGAGGAGAGAGUUCUUGGAUCACUCUGGAUGCAGCCUACCACUGCACCGCUGCUCUGUUUUACCUCAGCGCCUCGGUCCUGGAAGCCCUGGCCACCAUCUCCAUGCGGGACGGCUUCACCUACAAGCACUACCAUGAAAACAUCGCGGCUGUGGUGUUCUCCUACGUAACCACUCUGCUCUACGUGGUCCAUGCCGUGUUCUCUUUGAUCAGAUGGAAAUCGUCAUAAAGUGGCAGAAGCACCUGAGCUGAAAACCCUGACAGUGUGAACCGACUGGCCCACCUUCCAGUGCAACACUUUACAAUGCAGAAGUGCUCCUGACAGUGGGAAAAAUAAAACAAGCCCACACAUACA